CACACCAGCCAAAUAAUACCACGCCCUCUUCCUCCGCACGAACAACGUGCACUGACCGACCCGACCCGAUGCGGUAGAUGGCGUCGAGACAGCGUAACAACUCUCCCCAGCCUCCACUCACUCCCGCUACUUGAACCCACCAAAAAAUCCCAGCUUCCUCCCCCAAUCUGAGCUGAGCCAAGCUGCGUCGACCGAGCACACACACACACGAGCCAGCUGACCUUUUCCCCCUCCUCCCCACGGUCUCCGUCCCCACGCAGCUCAGCCACGCUGAUUGAUUCUUGAUUCUUGCUUCCCCUCGACACCCUCCUCCUCCGGCCAGACAAGACCGCGCGGCGGACCGGAGAUCGAUCGAUGAAGUCCAUCGGCAGCCGGGACAAGCUGCAGGCGGCGGCGGCGGCGACGGGGCCCCGGCGGGUGCUGCUGCUGGUCUUCGCCUCCUGCUUCGCCUUCGCCACGCUGCUCACCUUCCUCUACACCUCCUCCGGCUUCGCCUCCGCCGCGUCCUCCGGCUCGCGCCUGGCCUCGGGCUCCUCGUCGGGCGCGGCGGCCGGGUCCGGCGCCGCGCUGCCGCUGCCGGUGUUCGACGCGCUGGUCCACUACGCCUCCUUCUCCAACGCCACGCACCGGAUGACGGACACGGACAUCCGGGCCAUCUCCGCCAUCCUGCGCGCGCGCGGGCCCUGCAACCUCCUCGUCUUCGGCCUGGGCGCCGAGUCGCCGCUCUGGCUCGCGCUCAACCACGGCGGCCGCACCGUGUACCUGGACGAGAACGAGUUCUACGUCAAGUACCUGGAGCCGCGCCACCCGGGGCUGGAGGCCUACGACGUCUCCUACACCACCAAGGUGCGGGACUUCCGGGACCUGCUGGAGGCGGCCCGGGGCUCGCGCGCCGCCGAGUGCCGGCCGGUGCAGAACCUGCUCUUCUCCGAGUGCCGGCUCGCCAUCAACGACCUGCCCAACGAGCUCUACGACGUGCCCUGGGACGUGGUGCUCAUCGACGGGCCGUCCGGGUGGAACCCCAACUCGCCCGGGCGGAUGCCGUCCAUCUUCACCACCGCCGUGCUCGCCCGCUCCGGCGCCACCGCCGCCAAGGGCCCCACGGACGUGCUGGUGCACGACUUCAACUUCGAGGUGGAGCAGGUGCUGAGCAAGGAGUUCCUCUGCGACGAGAACCGCGUCGCCGGCAGCGGCACGCCGUCCCUCGCGCACUUCGUGAUCCGCCCCGGCGGCCCCGCCGACGCCUUCUGCGCCGCCGGCCAGGACAGCCGGGCCACGUCCGAGGAGAAGACCCGCCGCAAGUAAUCGUGACCCGCACUUUGAUUAAUUAGCCGCCCCCUCUCCUCUCUAAUUCUUGUUAUUAUCAUUGCUUCUUCUUUUUUGUGACAUACGAGUAAUAUAUGUUUGUUGUUUUUUUGGGAACAAUAAUUGUAACAAGAAAGGAUCCUUGGAUCAGAAGUGUAACAAUCAAUCGUGACGACAUGAUUGAUCGCCUCGAAAAGAAAAUGAAAUAGUAGAGGUUAAUUUA